UUGAAGAAGCAGAGAGAGAUUCGCUCACAUUGACAUAAGGGGAUAGUUUGUGGAUAAAUUCUCCUUGAGGACAUGCAAAGAUCUUCUCGUAUGCAACGUGAACUGAGCAUUCUAACAAAAGAGCCACCGCCUGGAAUCUCUUGCUGGGCGAUUGAUGGUCAAAUUGACAAACUUCAAGCAGAAAUUUUAGGUUCAAAAGACACCCCUUAUAAUGGAGGCUGUUUUAGGCUGGAAAUACAAAUUCCCGAGAGGUAUCCAUUUCAUCCUCCUAAAGUUCGCUUUGUCACAAAGAUCUAUCAUCCCAAUAUUGAUGGAAGUGGUCGGAUCUGUCUUGAUACACUUCAGAUGCCUCCGAAGGGAGCUUGGAAACCAGCAUGGAACAUUUCCACUGUGCUGACAUCAAUCCAGCUUCUUAUGGCAGAACCAAACACUGAUGAUCCUCUUGUUUCAGAAAUUUCUGAUGAGUAUAAAUACAACAGACCACAGUUUAUUAAAAAAGCAGAGGAAUGGACUCAGAAAUUUGCAGCCGGUCAGAAAGUAUCAGCUGCAUCAGUUAAGGAUUCACUGACUGGGGCAAACAAAGAAGCUGAGGACAACAGUGACUCAGAGAGUGACACCAGUGAUGAGGAUGAAAAUGAAAAUGAAAACAAACCUCCUACCCACCCCACCCAGGGUGUCAAGAGAGCAGCACCUGCCCAACUCCCUGGAAAAACCAAAACACUCAGACCAAGUAAUUAUUAGACAGGCUUGGAAAGGAACUGGAAUUGAAAUUAAUGCUUUGCAAAAUUAUCAAUGCAAGGGGUUGUAUGCCUUUGUUUUGUAAGCCCUAUAUAAUGCAUGAUUAGUUUAUAAAUAAAGAAUGUUGCAGAAUGCUAUACAAUAUAUUUAUAAUCUUUUGAAUAAGAUGAAAAUAACAUUGAUAGUGUUGCUGAAGUAGUGAGAAUGUACAGUAAUUAGCUA